UUACACAGAGACAUAAGUAAGUAUAUCAGUAGGAAUAUUCCUUUCCAUUUAGUGCAUGAAAAAUAUUUUAAUUCAACAUUAUUUAUAAUGUUGAAUUCACAGGAACGAAUUUUGCAUUGGAGGCGAAGAAUCAGAUUUGUUGUCACACUUCAAACUUUGCUUGGUGUAUUCUUUGCUAUCACAAGUGCGUUUUUGUGGACCAUUUCCAGUACGCAGACACAAGUAAAUAUCACUGAAACAUUGUGGGACAGCUAUUUUUUGAUAGGUGGUGGCAUUUCGACUCUGGUAUCAUACAUAUAUCUGAGAAAUGUUUGCGUUCAAAAAUUAUCUUUCACCUUUGGUAUCAUACUGACUAUGGUCAUAACCAUGGAUAUUUGUUUGACGAUGGGUUCAACAUUAUCACAUAUCGGUCGUCCACUGGAUUUAAUGUACCAAACUCAAUAUAAUGGUGAAUACAAAUUGGUUUAUCCACUUUGUUGGUAUGUAAGGAUGGCAAGAGAUAUGCUGUGUUUAUUUUCGAUGUGUUUGUCGCUUGGAAUCAUUAUAACAGCUCCUAGUGUAGAAGUAGAAGAAAAAAUCAAAAACAGUGCGAAAAACACAACCAUCAUGCCGAAUGGAAAAGCCUAAACACAAUUCUUCUACUGAAUAAUUUUGUAAAAAUAUUUUUCAAUAAUAAAUUUUUAUCUAAAUAUGUAUUACUUUUUAUACCUUUUAGUAAAUAUAUUUGCUUCAAACUUACGCUAAUUUACUUUGAC